AGAUCUGAAAUUCCAGUCCAGCCUCCCCUUGUGACUUGCAACAAAAACCAAGAGCCUACGGACUACGCACGUAGACAUUCGGCGCAAUCUCUUUCCUACACCUCUCGCUCGCCGGAAAACUCCUCUCUCCAGUGACCCCAGUCGUCAUCCCCCGGUAAGGUCUCGCACAAACUUUUGGGGUUAGGGGCUUUGAUCAGAUACUUCCCAGAGCUCCACGCCAGCUCGGACUUCGUUCAUCACAACACCAGAGCUCUUGGCGCUUCUGAGAGGAGCUCCCACAUUUGGAACUGGAGAAGAUGUCGUUCUUGAGGCGCAGAAAGGUCCCGAAGACGCAAAAUUCGGAGCCUCAAGAAAUUGAGGGUGAAAACGAGCACGGCGACAAGAAGACGAAACCGAGGCCGAAGCUCAAAGAGCCCAAGAGAUGGUCUUGCGUGGACAGCUGUUGCUGGUCCAUUGGGUGCAUAUGCUCGAUUUGGUGGUUCUUGCUUUUCCUGUAUAACACAAUGCCAGCGUCGUUUCCUCAGUACGUGACGGAGGCGAUAACGGGGCCGUUAACGGACCCUCCCGGCUUGAAGUUGAGGAAGGAGGGCUUGACGGUGAAGCACCCAGUUGUGUUCGUGCCAGGAAUCGUUACCGGCGGGCUUGAGCUGUGGGAGGGGCAACAGUGUGCUGAGGGCUUGUUUAGGAAGAGGCUUUGGGGAGGGACAUUCGGGGAAUUGUACAGAAGACCAUUAUGCUGGGUUGAGCACUUGUCACUGGAUAAUGAAACUGGACUGGAUCCUUCUGGUAUAAGGGUCAGGCCUGUAUCUGGACUCGUGGCAGCUGAUUACUUUGCACCAGGUUAUUUUGUGUGGGCAGUCUUAAUUGCCAACCUGGCCCGCAUUGGAUAUGAGGAGAAAACCAUGUAUAUGGCUGCAUAUGACUGGAGAUUGUCAUUUCAAAACACUGAGGUCAGGGACCAAACUCUAAGCAGGAUAAAAAGUAAUAUAGAACUCAUGGUAGCUACAAAUGGUGGAAGAAAGGUGGUUGUUAUACCACAUUCAAUGGGUGUUCUGUACUUUCUGCAUUUCAUGAAAUGGGUUGAAGCGCCAGCUCCAAUGGGUGGUGGUGGGGGGUUGGAUUGGUGUGCUAGGCAUAUAAAAGCAGUGAUGAAUAUUGGUGCACCAUUUCUAGGCGUUCCAAAAGCAGUCGCAGGACUUUUCUCUAUUGAAGCCAAGGAUAUUGCUAUUGCCAGGGCUUUUGCGCCUGGUGUUUUGGAUAAGGAUGUUUUUAGUCUACAAACUUUACAGCAUAUGAUGCGGAUGACCCGCACAUGGGAUUCAACCAUGUCAAUGAUACCAAAAGGCGGGGAUACUAUAUGGGGUGGCCUUGAUUGGUCACCAGAAGGGGACUUUGAUUGCUGUGCCAGGAAGCUCAAGAAUAAUGAUGCCCAAACUGCAGACCAAAGUGGGAAGGGAAGUUUGGGUUCUACAAAAAGAGUAAAUUAUGGGAGAAUCAUAUCAUUUGGGAAAGAGGUAGCUGACAUACAUUCCUCCAAAAUUGAGAGAGUGGAUUUCAGGGGUGCUAUCAAGGGUGAUAACCUUAUAAAUACAACCAAGUGUGAUGUAUGGACAGAGUACCAUGAAAUGGGUAUUGAGGGUGUCAAAGCUGUUGCUGAUUACAAAGUUUACACAGCUGGAUCAAUUUUGAAUCUGCUAAAUUUUGUUGCCCCAAAGUUGAUGGCGCGUGGUGAUGCUCAUUUUUCACACGGAAUUGCAGAAAAUUUGGAUGACCCUAAAUAUGAACAUUAUAAAUAUUGGUCAAACCCCUUAGAGACAAAAUUACCGAAUGCUCCAGACAUGGAAAUUUACACUAUGUAUGGUGUUGGAAUCCCCACAGAAAGAGCAUACGUGUACAAGUUAACUCCUGCUGCUGAGUGCUAUAUUCCCUUUCAGAUAGAUACUUCAGCCGAGGGUGGAAGUGAGGACUCUUGCCUAAAAGGUGGAGUUUUUUCUGUUGAUGGGGAUGAAACUGUUCCUGUGUUAAGUGCAGGUUUCAUGUGUGCAAAAGGUUGGCGGGGAACAACCCGUUUCAAUCCCUCAGGUAUUCGUACUUACGUAAGGGAGUAUGAUCAUGCCCCUCCAGCUAAUUUCCUAGAGGGUCGAGGCACUCAAAGUGGUGCUCAUGUAGCUAUAAUGGGUAAUUUUGCAUUAAUUGAAGAUAUUAUUAGAGUAGCAGCAGGGGCUACCGGAGAGGACUUAGGUGGGGAUCGAGUUUACUCUGAUAUUUUCAAAUGGUCCGAAAAGAUCAACUUACAACUCUAGAUUCAUAUGCAUACUUGCUUCUAUACUGUGCUUGAAGGCACCUGAUGAACUCUUUCCUGGCAACGAUGGUGGUAGUAGUUUUAUACUCGAAGUGUAGCCUAAGGAAUGUGGUGCUGGUUGCUGAAGCAAAUGCAUCCAGAUUUAUAUUGUAUUUUUAGUCUUCAUUCUUUCAGGAAGUGCUGAAUCUUGUUUAUGAACCGAUACUGCAUUACACCGGGCUCCCUAGGUAGGACUUCUGGACUUUAUAGGUGCCUGAAAAAUUUUGAAUAUUCAUUUAAUUUAUUUGAUUAUUGUCAAUAAACUUUGUAAUCAAUUAGUCUAUGUUCAUUGUAAAUA